UCAAAGCAUUGCCCAUUAGCUAAAAGAGGUAGAUUCAUACAAUCAUCCCGUUUCAAUUUGCUCCAAUUUUCAAGAAUAUAGUGGAAAUUUUCUUGAAUUCCAAAUAGCUUUGCUACGUGUAUAAAUGGCGUCUUUGGUUUCAACACCAUUUAGAUUGCCCACAACCAAAGUUGAUCAGUUGUCUUCAAUUUCUCAAAAACACUACUUUCUCCACUCGUUUCUGCCAAAAAAAUCGGUUCAUUCAAGAACACCCAGUUUGGGUGUGAAAUGUGCUGUUGUUGGCAACGGCCUUUUCACCCAAACCACACAGGAAGUUCGUAGGAUCGUACCUGAAAACAAGCAGGGCCUCCCGACUGUUAAGAUAGUGUAUGUUGUCUUAGAAGCCCAGUACCAAUCAUCACUCUCGGCUGCGGUUAGAACCUUGAAUAGUAGCAACAAGUUUGCUUCCUAUGAAGUUGUCGGGUACCUGGUUGAAGAGCUUAGAGAUGUGAAUAACUACAACAGCUUCUGUGCAGACCUUGAAGAUGCAAAUAUCUUUAUUGGGUCUUUGAUUUUUGUGGAAGAAUUGGCUUUGAAAGUGAAAGCUGCAGUGGAGAAACAGAGGGACAGAAUGGAUGCAGUCCUGGUGUUCCCUUCAAUGCCUGAGGUUAUGAGGUUGAACAAAUUGGGAUCAUUUAGCAUGUCUCAACUUGGUCAAUCUAAAAGCCCCUUUUUCCAGCUUUUUAAGAACAAGAAGAAGUCAUCAGCUGGCUUUUCUGAUCAGAUGUUGAAGUUGGUGAGGACUUUGCCCAAGGUUUUGAAGUACUUGCCUAGUGAUAAAGCUCAAGAUGCUAGGCUUUAUAUACUGAGUCUGCAGUUUUGGCUUGGUGGGUCUCCUGACAAUUUGGUCAAUUUUGUCAAAAUGAUUUCGGGAUCUUACGUUCCAGCUUUGAAAGGGAUGAAGAUUGCGUAUUCGGAUCCGGUUGUGUUCUUGGACACAGGUAUCUGGCACCCUUUGGCUCCUUGCAUGUACGAUGAUGUGAAGGAGUACUUGAAUUGGUAUGAUACAAGGAGGGAUACCAAUGAGAAACUAAAGAAUCCAAAUGCUCCUGUAGUUGGAUUGGUUUUGCAAAGGAGUCAUAUUGUGACUGGAGAUGACAGCCAUUAUGUGGCUGUGAUCAUGGAAUUGGAGGCAAAGGGGGCGAAGGUGAUCCCAAUUUUCGCAGGUGGGCUUGACUUCUCCGGUCCUAUUGAGAAGUACUUGAUUGACCCGAUCACUAAGAAGACUUUUGUGAACUCUGUGGUGUCGUUAACUGGGUUUGCACUCGUGGGAGGGCCAGCAAAGCAAGAUCAUCCAAGAGCUAUCGAGGUGCUGAUGAAGCUGGAUGUACCAUACAUUGUUGCACUGCCGCUGGUGUUCCAGACAACCGAGGAGUGGCUUAACAGCACUUUGGGGCUUCACCCAAUUCAGGUUGCUUUGCAGGUUGCUCUUCCAGAGCUUGAUGGAGGAAUGGAGCCUAUUAUUUUCUCUGGACGUGACCCAAGGACCGGAAAAUCUCAUGCUCUUCACAAGAGGGUGGAGCAGCUGUGCACUAGAGCAGUCAGAUGGGCAGAACUGAAGAGGAAGGCAAAGACCGAGAAGAGGGUAGCAAUUACAGUUUUUAGUUUCCCUCCGGACAAAGGCAAUGUUGGAACUGCGGCUUACCUCAAUGUGUUUGCAUCUAUUUUCUCUGUGCUAAAAGACCUCGAAAGUGAUGGUUAUAAUGUGGAAGGCCUUCCAGAGAGUUCAGCAGCGUUGAUUGAAGACAUUCUUCACGACAAAGAGGCUCAGUUCAGCAGUCCUAAUCUAAACGUUGCUUACAAGAUGGGGGUGAGAGAGUACCAACAGUUAACCCCGUAUGCCACAGCGUUGGAAGAGAACUGGGGAAAGCCUCCAGGGAACUUGAACUCUGAUGGAGAGAAUCUAUUGGUUUAUGGAAAACAAUAUGGAAAUGUGUUCAUUGGAGUCCAGCCCACAUUUGGGUAUGAGGGUGAUCCUAUGAGACUACUUUUCUCCAAAUCAGCCAGCCCACAUCAUGGAUUUGCAGCUUAUUACUCAUACGUUGAGAAGAUCUUCAAAGCCGAUGCGGUUCUUCAUUUCGGAACCCAUGGAUCUCUAGAGUUCAUGCCUGGGAAACAGGUUGGAAUGAGUGAUGCUUGUUUCCCUGACAGUCUUAUCGGCAACAUUCCGAACGUCUACUAUUAUGCAGCAAAUAAUCCUUCAGAAGCCACCAUAGCCAAGAGAAGAAGCUAUGCCAAUACCAUAAGUUACUUGACUCCACCUGCUGAAAAUGCUGGUCUUUACAAGGGUUUGAAGCAGCUGAGUGAAUUGAUUUCAUCCUAUCAGUCCCUGAAAGACACAGGUCGUGGUCAACAGAUCGUGAGCUCAAUCAUUAGUACCGCUAAGCAAUGCAAUCUUGACAAAGAUGUGGACCUCCCUGAAGAAGGUGUGGAGAUUUCAAGCAAGGAACGCGAUCUUGUUGUGGGAAAGGUCUACUCCAAGAUCAUGGAGAUUGAGUCCAGACUGUUGCCAUGUGGGCUUCAUGUCAUCGGUGAGCCGCCCACAGCCAUGGAGGCUGUUGCUACCUUGGUCAACAUUGCAGCCUUGGACCGCCCGGAAGAAGGGAUCUGCUCCCUUCCAUCAAUACUUGCCGAGACGGUUGGCAGAGAGAUCGAAGAUGUUUACAGAAGCAGCGAUAAGGGAAUCUUGAAAGAUGUGGAGUUGUUGAAGCAAAUCACAGAUGUAUCUCGUGGGGCUGUUGAUGCUUUCGUGCAGCGGAGCACCAACAGCAAGGGUCAAGUGGUUGAUGUGGCCGGAAAACUGAGCUCAAUCCUUGGGUUCGGUAUCAAUGAGCCUUGGAUUCAGUAUUUGUCUGAAACCAAGUUCUACAGAGCGGAUAGGGAGAAGCUAAGGAUUUUAUUCCAGUUCUUGGGUGAUUGCUUGAAACUCAUUGUGGCUGACAACGAGUUGGGUAGCUUGAAACAAGCUUUAGAGGGUAAGUACGUAGAGCCAGGUCCAGGAGGAGAUCCAAUCCGAAACCCAAAAGUUUUACCCACCGGAAAGAACAUUCAUGCAUUAGAUCCACAAGCAAUCCCGACAACAGCAGCAAUGCAAAGCGCAAUGAUCGUGGUGGACAGGCUGCUCGAGAGGCAGAAGGCUGAUAAUGGAGGGAAGUUCCCGGAGACAGUUGCACUGGUCUUGUGGGGCACAGACAAUAUCAAGACUUAUGGUGAGUCCCUGGGUCAGGUACUAUGGAUGAUUGGUUGUAGGCCGAUUGCAGAUUCAUUAGGGCGAGUCAACCGGGUUGAGCCUGUCAGUCUUGAAGAGCUCGGAAGGCCUAGAAUCGAUGUUGUUGUCAAUUGCUCUGGAGUCUUUAGGGAUCUCUUUAUUAAUCAGAUGAACCUCCUGGACCGAGCGGUGAAGAUGGUGGCCGAGCUUGAUGAACCAGUGGAGCAAAACUACGUAAGAAAGCAUGCACUUGAGCAGGCCGAGACUCUUGGUGUCGAUAUUAGAGAAGCUGCAACUCGUAUUUUCUCCAAUGCCUCGGGCUCCUACUCCUCCAAUGUGAACCUUGCUGUCGAAAACUCAUCAUGGAACGACGAAAAGCAGCUUCAAGACAUGUAUUUGAGCCGAAAGUCGUUUGCAUUCGACAGUGACACUCCUGGUGCUGGAAUGAGUGAGAAACGCCAAGUCUUCGAGAUGGCAUUAAGUACAGCUGAAGCAACGUUCCAAAACCUCGACUCAUCGGAGAUUUCCCUAACGGAUGUGAGUCAUUACUUUGAUUCAGACCCAACAAACCUUGUCGGAAGCCUAAGGAAGGAUGGGAAGAAACCGAAUGCCUACAUUGCAGACACAACCACAGCUAACGCACAGGUACGUACCCUCUCGGAGACCGUCCGUCUUGACGCACGUACAAAGUUGUUGAACCCAAAAUGGUACGAAGGCAUGCUCUCAAGCGGCUACGAGGGUGUUCGUGAGAUCGAAAAACGGCUUACGAAUACUGUCGGGUGGAGUGCAACCUCAGGGCAAGUGGACAAUUGGGUGUAUGAAGAGGCUAACACAACCUUCAUCCAAGAUGAGGAGAUGUUGAACAGGCUGAUGAACACAAACCCCAACUCGUUCAGGAAGUUGCUGCAGACAUUCUUGGAGGCGAAUGGUCGAGGGUACUGGGAAACAUCGGAUGAUAACAUCGAGAAGUUGAGGCAGUUGUACUCGGAGGUUGAAGACAAGAUCGAGGGGAUCGAUCGUUAAUUAUGUGAUAUAACCUUGUCAUUUGUUUCCCUUCCCCAAACUGUAAUUUUUUUUGUUCAUUCAUGGGGACUCUCAAUGUAUUCUGUAGCUUGCAAGACUCUGAUUCACCAAAGUUUAAUGUCAUGUUAAUAAAUUUCACAUGCA